AUGCCAGACCACAUGUCCAUCGGGAACCGCUUCCUGCUGUUCCUCUGCCUCGUCGGCUGCUGCGAUGGGACCUGCCCCAACAUGUGCCUGUGUGUAUCCGACGCCGUUAUCUGCAGCUCCACUGGUCUCACCAAACUCCCCACCUCCUUACCCUCCUUCUCCAUCACCCUGGACCUAAGCCACAACUACCUGUCGUAUCUGGGAGCUGGCAGCUUCGAGAAGAUGCCCAGACUGGAAAACCUUCGCCUUGCCGACAACCAGCUCGUCAAUCUGGGGGACGGGGUCUUCCAAAACGCCACCAGUCUACGAUUCUUGGAUCUCUCCUCGAACAAGCUCCAUGUGGUGGAACAGCACUACUUCCGAGGAAACAUCAACAACUCCCUAAUUACCAUCUUCCCCAAUGGGACUUUGGAGAUACAAUCCGUAAAGGUUAACGAUACAGGGCUUUAUGUAUGCACGGCUCUCGAUGCUAAGCUAGGGGUCAACGCCACGAGGGAGGUGAAUGUCUCGGUAUUGUUGCCCCCGCCGGAAUCAUUCAACACUGGAUAUACGACUCUUCUUGGCUGCGCGGUCACAAUGGUCCUGAUCCUCGUGUACCUCUAUCUGACCCCCUGUCGCUGCAGCUGCUGUAAGCAACCCAAGCCCCCCUCGACGGGCGCCUACGACCCCAGCAGUUUGUCCUCUGUGUUCACCUCGUCCAUGAGGGAGGGGAAGGGCUACAGCGACAAACACGUAGCUUUCCUGGAGCCGAUGAUGAGCUCCGGGGUGGCAGAAGACUGGACGCAGGAAGCUUAG